CUCCCGGCGUGCGGGGCGCCCCGGGGGCUGGAUCUCCUGCAGAGCACCGUGAGCGAGCGCCGCCGUCCUGCGUGUGCUGCCCGGGUAAGCGCCCUCUCCGUUUCUUCAACUCUGAGAGCUUCCAGCAGAGAUCAAGGGAAGAACCAUGUGUUGAGAUUUGCACAUUCCCCCCAUUUCUGCCUUGUCUGCUUUGCUAUUGGCCUGUUAGAAAGAUUGCUGACCAUAAUAGAGCAGGAUGAACUGUCUGGCUGCGUUCUGCUCGCCUGUGUGUGGGACCUGCCCGGGCGUGAGGCCAGACCCAGGAAUUGUAGCCUGACCAUUGAUAUAUGUCGCCGCAACAACGCCGGGUGUUCAGCCGGUCUCAGGACUGGAGACCCUACACCAUUCCCUGCUCGGCGACACGCCGGCUUCCUGCCACAGAGUUCCUGAUUUCUGCAGAUGGCAGUCGAUAAUUGGUAGCCACGGUCUGCGGUCAGAGCCACAGAGUUUGAGUCUAGCACCUGGGCUGGGCCCGGUUGAUACAGUAGAGAGAGUGAGAGAGACAGAAACACACACACACACCCCUCACCCUCUCCCACGCCCCACACGGCUGUAACUGCAGCUCUGAGCUGCCUGCGCAGGAGACUGCCUGAAGCUGAGGGAUGCUUUGAACUUGGGGGGCCGCGUGACACUUGGAUCCCCCUGCAGAGACUCGAUUAUGUCCAGUGACCACCUGAACAACAGCACACUGAAGGAGGCUCAGUUUAAAGACCUGUCCUUAAAAAAAGCGGAGCUGGAGUUUGCCCAGAUCGUCAUCAUUGUCGUGGUGGUCACGGUGAUGGUCGUAGUCAUCGUCUGCCUGCUCAAUCACUACAAAGUCGCCACACGGUCCUUCAUCAACCGCCCAAGCCAGAGCAGGCGGCAGGAGGACGGGCUGCAGCAGGAAGGGUGCCUGUGGCCUCCAGACAGCUCCAUGCAGCAGCCGCGGGCCUCGGAGAUCAUGCACACCCCGCGGUCCAGGGACAGGUUUACUGCCCCACCCUUUAUUCAGAGGGACCGGUUCGGCCGCUUCCAGCCCACCUACCCCUACGUGCAGCACGAGAUUGACCUCCCUCCCACCAUCUCCCUGUCUGAUGGCGAAGAGCCACCUCCUUACCAGGGGCCCUGCACCCUGCAGCUCCGGGACGCUGAGCAGCAGAUGGAACUCAACCGGGAGUCUGUGAGGGCCCCGCCCAACCGAACCAUAUUUGACAGUGAUUUGAUAGACGUUUCUAUGUACAACGGGGGCCCGUGCCCACCCAGCAGCAACUCGGGCAUCAGUGCAACCACCUGCAGCAGCCACGGGAGGAUGGAAGGGCCGCCCCCGACGUACAGUGAGGUGAUGGGCCAGCAGCCCGGCGCCUCGCUUCUCCACCACCAGCACAGCAGCGUGCACAGGGCCAGCAGGCUGCAGCUGCAGCAGAGCAGUUCUGAGAGCACGCUAGCACCCCUCAAAGGCAAAGACAGGAAGCCCGGGAACCCGGUCUGACGCCCUCCACUGUGCACUCGAAUGGCAGAGAGAUGAAUCACAGUGGCCAGAGGCCGCGCUGGGCCCUCCUGUGCACGGGGUCGUCCAGAUUUACAUGGUACAACUUAAGUAAAACCAAAUGUGCAAGCGCGGUCUUGUUUCUGAUUCCUUUAGAAGGAACUGCAUGCAAACUAGACUGAAAUAGUGCAAGCUUCCAUCCGGUCUGAUGCCAACAGUGCUUAUUUGGGGGCAGGGGUUGAGAUGGGGGAUGGUUUUGACAAAAGGCAGGCAGGGAAAAACAGAGAAAGGGAUUCUUUGAAGGUAUCAUGAAAUAAAACCCGUAGGGGUAUUUAAUUUAUUUAACUCUAAAAGGAGACUUUGCUGAUAAAUUAGGCCAGAAUGGCCUGUUUUAUAAUUACUAACUGAAUAAAGGAAACAUUAUUAUAUAUUAUCACGAGGAAGAAUCAGCCAGUUUGCUUUUUCUCCCAAGGUGUGGAACUUUUAUUUUGUUUUAGAAAUACGCAUCGAAAUUCCUGUUUUGUGUGCCAAGGUAUAAAGUGGAGAAGUUUGAUGAAUGCAAGGAGCUAAUUUGUAUUGUGAUGACGUGCACUAUCUUAAUGUUUAAAAAUAUAUAUGAGGAAGCUGUUUUAUGUGAAGCUCUGUAUGUUGUCUCUUCACCUGUGGAUGGUUAUUAGGCCCAAAGAGGGCCUAAUAACAGUGUUCCUCAGAAUCAUACAAGAAAAGAUAUAUGGGGAUACAGCCUAAUAUUUACCAGUUUACAGAAUUCAGAAGUCAUUAUUGUUGCAAGAGUUUGCAGCGAAUAGCAGCGUAUCGCUGAAGCACGUGGAGACGUUUGGAUGGAAGACAGGAAAUGCCACGUCCCAGCAUUUCUGACUUGCUCUUUGAGUUACUCUGCUAGCGUGAGGCUGCACCUUCCAUUAGAAAUGACCUCGACACAGCAGUCAUGUGUCCAGUACCAUGCAGUGCUGCCCUCAGCCGCCAGCAGUACAGUUUCUUCAGUAAUUUAGAUUUUUUUUUCUUCACCAUAGCAUGGAAUAUAUUCAGAUACACACCUUAUUUUAUGCAAUAAAUUGUUUAAAAUGCAA